UAUUUAUUAUUAAUUAAAAUUAAAGGGUCUCGCGACUUUGAUAGAGUGUUCAGCGACGCCGCGUUAAGCAAGCUUGCUCCUCUGAAAAGAUAACCAACAGAACGCAGCGUUUAAUCGAAUUUGAUCUCUCUUCUUCUUUGAAGGGGAAACGAAGGGUUUCUUCUUGUAGCGUUGCAGCGAUUGGAGAGAAUGACAGAGAUGGGGGUUUCGGAUAAUUGCAAGGGGUUAAUACUGGCGAUGAGUUCCAGUGCAUUCAUCGGUUCAAGCUUCAUCUUGAAGAAAAAGGGUCUUAAGCGGGCUGCUGCACGCGGUACUCGUGCAGGAGUUGGUGGUUAUGCUUAUCUGCUAGAGCCGCUUUGGUGGGCUGGCAUGGUAACGAUGAUUAUUGGGGAAAUUGCAAAUUUUGUGGCUUAUAUCUAUGCUCCGGCAGUUCUGGUGACUCCCCUUGGUGCACUUAGUAUUAUAGUUAGCGCUGUUUUGUCGCACUUCUUGUUGAAGGAGCGGCUUCCUAAGAUGGGCGUGAUGGGAUGUGUAUCCUGCAUUGUGGGUUCAAUUGUUAUUGUCAUCCAUGCUCCACAGGAGCAGACUCCAAGUUCUGUCCAAGAAAUAUGGGAUCUGGCUACUCAACCAGCAUUUCUGAUUUACGUGAUGGCAACAGUUUCAGUAGUUUUGGUCUUGAUCAUACACUUUGAACCUCGCUAUGGACAGAAUAAUAUGCUGGUUUACCUGGGAAUUUGUUCAUUAGUGGGCUCACUUACGGUUGUGAGCAUAAAAGCCAUUGGAAUUGCAAUAAAGCUUACAAUUGAUGGAAUCAGUCAAGUAGCUUAUCCUCAGACUUGGUUUUUUCUUAGCGUGGCAACAAUCUGUGUUAUUACACAGUUGAAUUACCUUAAUAGGGCUCUGGACACAUUCAAUGCUACAAUUGUUUCUCCUGUAUAUUAUGUAAUGUUCACAACUCUUACAAUAAUUGCCAGUGCUAUAAUGUUUAAGGAUUGGUCUGGUCAGGAUGUCAGCAGCAUAACCUCUGAGAUAUGCGGAUUCAUCACCGUUCUUUCAGGAACAAUCAUAUUGCACAUGACUAGAGAACAGGAAGAUUCUAAUAUGCAAAAGACCUCCAGAUGGUUCACUCGUGAGGAUUCGAUGAAGGGUGUGGAGGAUGAACACCUCAUUUUCAUUCACGAUUCAGACUAUCCCGAACGUUGAGUUUUCCUACGAUGUUAGGUUGAUGGAGCCGAUACAAUGACGUGAGCUGCCCAUGGCCAUAUGGUGUGGUGCUUCUGCAGUGUGGAUAGCUUGUCCUGGAGUUUAAUGAAUUCAAGCAUCCAUGGUGCUAUAGUUCUAUAACCAUUGCUUUCCAUGCUGUUGACUGGGGCCACUCAGAACUUGCGAAAUACUAUAAUCGUGAUUGAAGUGCUGAACCAUUUCUAACCGAAAUGGGAUUGCUGUCUCAUUACAACGAAAUUUUUGGAGCGAUCAUGUGCCAUUGUUCUAUUCUGCGUCUUAGCCAGUGUAAUAUUUCUUCACACACACACAUUGAUAUGUUACUAGGAAGUCAGCAAUUGUUUAUAUAGUUCCGUCUAUAUUUUCUCAUUUAAUUAAUUAUUAGAUUUAUCGUUUUAUUUCUUGAAUUAGGUAAAGGACAAAUCUAUUGGUUUGUUAAUGGUGAAGAUAUUUAUUCUUCCGAACUUCUGAAGCAAAAGUGGAUUAUUUUGUUUAUUA